ACUUGCUUCUUGGUCAUGAUGUUUGUGCAGGAAUAGAAACCCUCCCUAAGACGGGGUGAAUGCAGGACCAUACUCCUUCCCACCCUUUGCAUUCUGUUGGCAAGAACAAGAAUCACUACCCACAGGACCAAGUUAAAUCCAGCACAACCUCAUUUUAACUGAUUAUUUUUGCAGAAAUCUAUCCCAAGUAAGGUCACACACUGAGAUUCUGUGUGGGCACGAAUUUAUGUGUGGGGUUACAAUUCAGCCUGCUCGAGUAAUUACAGUAAUCCAUAUAUACUUACUUAAAAAAGGUUCUGUUUUUAAAGAUUUAUUUAUGUAUAUGAGUGUUCCAGCUUCAUGUACACCCUGUGUGCCAGAAGAGGGCAUCGGAUCCCAUUACAGAUGGUUGUGAGCCACCAUGUGGUUGCUGGGAAUUGAGCUUAGGACCUCGGGAGGAGCCAUGACUGGCUCUUAACAACUGAGCCAUCUCUCCAGCCCAUAUAUAUACAUGUAAAAUGAACAAAACAUAAAAGUUAUAAAUUUUUUACUUAUGUGUGUUUGUGUAUAUGUGCCAUGUGUGGGGCAACUGAGGAGGCCAGUAGAGGGCAUCAGAUCCCCUAGAGCAGGAGUUGCAGGUGAUUGCGAGCUGCCUGGUGUGGGUGCUGGGAACUGAAACGUGGGUCCUUUGCAGGAACAGCAUGCAGGCUUAACCACAGGGGCAUCUCUUCGGCCCUUAAUUUUGAUCUUUAAAAAAUAACACUUUAUAAGAGCUGAGGUCUAGCUUCAAGGUUAGAGUACAUUGUAACUUUUUUUUAAAAGAAAAAUCCCGAAUCGCCAUCCCACCCCUUUUCUAACUUAGAAUUUGAGUCCCUAUGUGUUUUGUGGCUGAGUCGGCACUCCUAUACCUGACUUCUGAGCCCUUCCAUCCUUCCCAAGGCAAUGUGUGUGUUUAUUCCCUUACUAGUAGACACGUGUGUGUCAGUUGUCAGCCUGUCUCUAAGCCCAUGUAUUUUUGUGAUGCUGUGGUCAUCUUUGCCAGCCAGCCUGUUGGGGGCGCUAUAGGGAGACUGAAAGGCUGGAUAGCAGAGAGGGGUUAACUCCUUCCUGUUUGCCCCUGGGCCCUUCAGGGGGUUUCCUCUUAGAGUUCCUGUGAGGGGUCCACCGGCAGUUCAGGUCAGGAGAGGCAGGCAGUUCCUUCUGACAGCAGCUGAGUCCAGUAGGAAGCCUGAGAGCCAGAGCCAAGCCCAGUGUUCCCCAGAGUCACCAGGCCAGUGGACAGCUGCCUUCCUCAGAUAGUUUCUGACUGUAGCUCUGACAGUUUUGGAACACCCUCAUAGACCACACUGGUGUCAAAUUCAGAGAUCUGCCCACCUCUGUCUUCCAGUUCUGGGAUUAAAGGCGUGAGUUACCAUGCCCAGUUUCUGGGUUUUUCUUUUGUUUUUGUUUUUGUUUUUUGUUUUUUUUAGACUUUUUAACUACCAAUUUGGUUUCCUUAAUAGAGAUAGGACUGUUUUGAUUAUUUCUUCUUUAGUAAAUUUUGGUGGUUUGUAAUCAUCAAGUAACUGGAUUAUUUGCCUGAGAUGUUGAAUUUGUCUUAUCCCCCCUGUUAUUGUGGUAUAGCUCUCUUUUACUCAAGGUAUUUGUCAUUUGUGUCUUCUUGGUCUUUCAGUAGGGCCACUAAGAUGGCUCAGUGGCUGAGGACGCUUGGUGCCAUGUCUGAUGACCUCAGUUUGAUUCCGGAAACCACACAGUAGGAGAGAAGUGACUCCUGCAAGUUGUCCUCUGACCUCCACCAUAUAUACACACAGAUAAAUGCUAAAAAACUCGUAUUUAAAAUCUAGGCUAUGUUCCCAGGCUAGAAUUUGGUUUUGCUUUAUUGGCAAGCUGUUAGACUGUUUACUGUUUCAGGAUGCUGGUUGUCAUGCGCACAGGUAAUUAGUGUAAGUAUAAAGUAGUUUUGUUCAGUCGUGGGCCACAGCAUUUCUUUCCAGAGUUGUUGAGGGCCUAUAGAAGAACUGCUGGAACGGCAGGACCUUUGAGAACAUCAUUAUCUGGUCUGUGAUUAUAAUGGCAACUCCAGCAUCUCCCUCACUAGACAAGUUAAUAAGCUGGGCAUUGUGGUACAUACUGAGUGUGGAGAACUCCAGUGUCCACGCUAAGUAUCCUGAGGCUGUACAAGGCCAUUGGGGAUCCUGGAGAAUAAAGGGAAUGGGGAAGGACACGAGGAACGAGGGAAGGAGGUGCUUCUUGGGUGACUGUUCAGUGUCUGCUACAUGACCAAAUAUCCCAGUGCACAACAGCUUACAACAACAUAGGAAUUUUUCACUCAGAUCUUUGGGGUCAGGACUUGGAAAUGGCUUAGCUAUGAGCCUCUGGUUCAGGUACUCACAGGGCUGUGCUCUCGAAGGCCUGUCUGCAGCUGAAGGAUCGGUUUCUGAGCUAACUUACACAACUGUCUUUCACCACAUGGGUGGGAGUCCCGGCAGGCAGAGUGUGUGUUUUCACAGUUGCUUCCCUCCCAGUGAAAACUAGCAAGGCAGAAAAACCACAGCAUUAGUCAUAGUGAGGUGGUGGUUUGCUGAUCCCACAGACGACAGACCUGACAGACAGGACACGAGAGAGCAUCACAGCCAGUGGACUUGCUAGACCCAUAUUUUUGUUUUGUUUUGUUUUUGAGGCAGGGUCUCAUGUAGUCCAGGCUAGCCCUAACUCCCUUUCUACUUCCAAAUGUUGGGAUCACCAUCAUGUAUGGUGUGCACCACCAUGCCCAGCUCUCUGGGAACCCUCCUCAAAAUGGUUAUCCUAGUGAUGUCGCCUCCUUCCUUCUCUGAAGGCACUCUAGUGAACUUGCUUAAGGCCAGGCUUGAGGGGCCAGCUUGAGAUGGCUUUGGUACAGAUUUGGUUUGUGAAUAUUGGGAAUGUGUUGGGGAACUACAUAAAGAAUGUCGGCUAGGGGACAGGAUGGGGGACACUUGGUCUUGCAGAAGACUCAAGCUCGGUUCCCAGCCCCCGGUGAGAGGCAGCUCACAACCGCCUGUAUGUGAGUCCACCUCCAGGGUAUCUUACUCACCCCGUCUGACCUCUGCCUCAGUGGGCGCCUACACACGGUACACCUAUCACCGUCCCUCAGGUACCUUCUUAAAAAUUAAAGAUAACUUUAGUUAGACCAAUUAAUAAUGUCUAUUCCUUCAACACUGAAUAUGAUAGUGGGAACAUGGAUCUGUUUGGAGAGAUAGAUGACGUUUCCUCAGAGAGCGACGAGGACCAGCGAGCACCUGCUCCAAGACGGCCUGUCAGCACAGCUGGAACUUGUGGAGUGCCUCAGAACCAGCAGGUGGAACGCCGCAUCUCUGAAACCAGAGUGAGAAUAGCAGUUCCCAGCAUCAAGUCCGACUUGGGAAAUGAGUUGUAUUUUGUUAAACUACCCAGAUUUCUCAGGAUAGAACCCAAACCAUUUGAUCCUCAGCAUUAUGAAGAUGAGUUUGACGAUGAGAAAGAGCUCUACGAGGAAGACAAAACGAGGUUAAAACUAAAGGUCGAAAAUACUAUACGCUGGAGGAUGUGCCGGGAUCAAGAAGGUUCUAAAACUAAAGAAAGCAAUACUCGGAUAGUCAAGUGGUCAGAUGGAAGCAUGUCCCUGCAUUUAGGCAAGGAAGUGUUCGAUAUCUACAAAGCCCCCCUGCAGGACAAUCUAAACCAACUGUUUAUACGGGAAGACACUGGGCUCCGAGGACAGGCCAUCUUUAAAUCCAAACUUACCUUUAGACCUCACUGUACAGACGGUGCCACAUAUAAAAAGAUGACCCUUUCAUUUGGGACCAGAAGUUCAAAGACACAGAUUAGAAUCCUCCCGAUGGCUGGUCGAGAUCCUGAAUGGCCAUGCCCAGAUUUGAUCAAGAUACAGAAGAAAGAACUGAGGGUAUCUACUCCCCGAAAAGUCCGUCUGCAGAGGAAGAACCAGAGGCAGAAGAACCAGCAGCGUACAGAUCCAGUUUCCACCAUCCAGAAGCCUAAGCAUGAUGUCGAAGAGGAGGAGGUGGUGGUGGUGGGAGAGGGAGAAGACGGGCGAAGCCAGGCCUCCAGCCUGGUUGCCACUAAGAGCCGUCAGCAGGGUGCAGCCAACGAGAAACAAGCCCCAUCUUCUUCAGAUUGCAAUCACGAGGGACUGGAAGAACAUGAAGCCAGAGGGUUACUCAAAGCAAAGAGACUCGGGAGUGACCAAGGAGACAAGCCCUUCAGGAGAGAACAAGGAAGAAAGAGGAAGACUGAAGAGUAACUGUGCAUUGGUGUCUAGCAUAGCCGUUAGAUUUCCCUCUGUCCUGGGACUGGUUCUAGGGCUUUGUGUGUGCUGAGCAUGCGUCCUACGACUCAGGUACAUCCCUCGCCCGUCAGAUCUACUGAAGACAGAACAGUUGUUCUGACCUACAUGAACCAAUGAGACGGGCCAUGCAGAAACCCCUAAAUUCCAUUCUCCUUUCAUGCAUAUAUAUUAUGUAUUCUUUGUUUUGUUUUGAAAUGAGCUGUCACCAGGUAGCCCUGACUGGCCUGGAAUUCACAAGAUGUACCUGCCUCUGCCUCCAGAAGACUGGGAUUAACUGUGUGCGGCACCACACCUCCCCUCUUUAAACUUUUAUAGCACUAUUCUGUAGCUGUCCAAUAAAACUAGUUAAUAUUAGCUCCAGGCUCAUCUAGAAUACCCAGAAGUCCUUAGCUUCGGUUUCAGUCAGGGCUCCUAUACAUGGUGCUGAUCUGAAGCCUCUGACAGACCCAUUACUCUCUAGGCAUGAACUCUACAGAUCAUGCAAGAAAGCUUAACAUUUGAACGGCAAAACCGUUUGGCAAUCUUGCAUUACAGGUGGUUUAGCCACACACACUUCAUCCCUGGGCUCAGCAGUGUCAACUGCCUCAGGGAACACAUGGUCCUCAGGGACCAACAGAUGGUGGCACUGUUCAGGCCCAGUGCAUAGCACUCUAGGCCUCUCAUACUUGGGAGAGCUGCAGCUUGCGCUGCAUGAACGUCCAUGACUCAUCAUCCUCAGGAGAAUAAACACAGCCAUUUUUAUUCAUGAAACAGUGAUGUCAGCCAAGCAUGGCUGACUUACAGCUCACACCUGAUUGCAGCAUUUGAAAGACUGAAGCACUUUGAGUCUGAGCCCAGCCUGGGACCUUCAGUAAUGUACUUCAAGUAGAUUACUGCUAUACUUGAACCAAAAAUAAUUUCAUAGGGUUUAAUUUAUACUCAUUCUUGUCUGUCCAUAAAACUAAACUGACAUAUACAAAGGGCACAUUUUGCAGUAAGGCAAAGGCCAUUGGGCAUCAGUCACCCCCACCCUACCCUCGGAGUCAGUGAAACAUAUCACAGACAGGCACAACUGUGCACUGAUACAAAGAUGGCUGACUACAGACCAUUCUGCAUGGUUCCACAUGGUGGUGCAGGCUACAGAUUGGGCGGCUCCAACAGACUUAAUGCCUUACAUUCCUAGCACCAAGGCUGAGUCCUAGUGAGGACUUGCAGACAGCCUGCUACCUUCUUGCUGGUCCUAAAGAGCCCUUGAGGUCCCUUGAGGACCUUUCAUACCCCUACUUGCCUUCCAAAGGCCCAUCUCCAAAUCCCACCACCACUCCAAGUUAGGGCUUCAGCAGAGGAGUUUGGGGAGGGAUAAAAAUAGAGUCCAUAAGGCGGGAAAGAGUAGCUCAGGAGAAUGAAAAAGCUUUGUCUUUUACUAAUAAAUCAGCUUAGCAAACAAAGCAGGUUUUCUUCAUACACAUGGUGUACUCUGUAACCAUUCCUUCUCCUCCCCACGGUAAGCUUGUUCCUGACGGAGGCUGUAAGGAGUGAGUGUCAGAUUCUAAAACUAAAGGGAUUUUUUAAAGUCUGAAUAUAGGAUAUUUGAUAAACUUUAAUAAAUUUACUUGUUUCUGUAUGGAAUGUUUAAAUGCCUCUAGUCUUCAAAAGAAACUUUAUUGGGUUAGAAACUGGGUGGAUUAUACUUGUUAUUUAAAUGUCAGAAAAUUAAUUGCUUUUCUACUUAUAAAACAUUUAGAGUGUUCUGAUAUGUAUUAGGAGAACUUUAAUGCCUGACUUCAAAGGAUGGAGAACUAUACACUGCCGUAAAGGUCUCUUCAGGUGUCAAACCAAGACAAAUGUAAUUCAGCCACAGGACUGAGACAAAUAAAGCAGGCAUGUGGAAUCACAA